GUUGGUCGCGCGUCGCUCACGAGUACAGGCGAAAGAGCCAAUUUAGCGUUCUUAAUGAGUUUAAAUAUUUGAAUACGUCGGCAGUCGGACGCGCGCGGGCGUCUUGAUCGCGCGACCAGUGGCCAGCGAUGCACAUCGCCGACGAGACUUUUUCUCGUAGACAAUUGUGAAAACAUACUUGCGCUUGUUUAUCUAGCACAUUUUCUCGAUUGAUGUGCGAGUAGUGUGCGUAGAUAUUGUGCGUUUGUGUGUGUCGUUCGGGCUUGUGAAAUGUAAAAUUUCGCGAUCUUACGAAAUGAUCAUGAAAGUGUUGAAAAACAAAACGUGCUCUGUACAUCAUCGCACUUGCACUUGACAUUGCAAGAAAAAAAAUCAUGAUCCGACGACUUUUACAAUAAUGCAUAUAGCUAACGAAUGACACAAGAUAAAUUUGUUCGCGUAGAAGUCACAACUCAAUCAAGUUUGUAUUUUUAUAGCUUAUCUUUAUUUCGAGUACUGUAUGUACAUGCUAAUAACAGUCAUUGAACGGCUGCGUGUUUCUACAUAUAAAUACGCCUGUGACGUACUGCGGGCGCUUUGGUUUUAACCAGUAAUAUAUUAAUCUCGAAGCGUAUGUAUAAGUAUACAAAUCGUUCCUGAAACUGGUUUUAGAACGAUCGGCAUUCCAUUAUACUCUACUGCCCAAAAUUAAAUGUGACGGUCCAGUAUUUUUUGUUACAAUACUUUUACAUAUGAAAGUUAGUAUUUACAAUAAUUUAUUGCAUAAAUGCUUGAAUUAUUCAAAGCCAACGACUUUUUUAUACACUCGAGUGUCUAGAUUUGUAUGCCAAAUUUGUAUACAGAGAAUAACUAUUUAUUUCAAGGACUCGCAGUCCGAAAUUCUCAUGCUCCGAAAAACAACGUCUCACCUAGCAUUACUGUCACAUUAUUCAUCCGCAUCCGACAACGCGACUCAUUAUGUAUGUAUACAGACAAACUCUCUCUCUCUCUCUUGCGCGCGCGCGAUAAGCUUCGCCGAUAAAAAUCGGCGAAAAGUUAUAAAUUGAAAUAGUGUAGAAGAUUCUCGCCAGUGAGUCUCGCGCCGCGCGAGCGCAGGCGCCUCUUCAUUCCUAGCGCUGUCGACAAAGUUGUAACACUUGUUAUAAGGUAAACCCUGCUGAUAUGCGAGAUUGUAAAACCAGUGCGUCGCUAUUCGUAAAAUCAAGCUCUUAUUAUCCAUUUCUGCCUACUGUGUUAUUUCGAUAUCGACCGAAGCUUGUGCGAAACGCGCGUGCCUGUGCAGCGUCUGUAUAACAUAGAAAAAGAAAUAAACAUCGGCAGCAGCAGCAGCGAAGAAAGAAAAAUAAGAAGCAUAUAACGGAAGAAGAGGAGGCGUCACGUUAAUGUGCGAGCGCAGUAGAACUUAUACAGAGUCAUGGAUACGAGUCGAGCGAAAAGUCGGCCCAAUCCUCGGGAACAGGCCAACAAUCUGUCGGUGCUUCUCUGGUGGUGGACGGUAGGAAUAUUCAAGAAAGGCUACACCAAAGUCCUGACGGUCGACGACCUGUUCGAUCCUCUGAAGAUAGACCGAUCGACGCUCCUGGGCGAUCGAUUAGAAAAACGAUGGGAACAGGAGCUGAAAAAGUCGAAAAAGUUGAAGAAAGAGCCGAGUCUGAUGAAGGCGAUGUUCCUUGCCUUCUACGGCGAGAUCUUCUUCAUGGGCGUCAUCCACGUAUUCCUGGAGUUUGUUCUCAGAAUGGGCUCACCUUUACUGCUGGGUCUUCUGCUGCAGUACUUCAAGCCGCAGACGACGUCCACCUACGAGGAUGCAUUGCUCUACGCGAGUUCCUUGGCCCUCGCCAGUAUCUGCACAAUUCUUUCGGCCAACCACAUGCUGUUCAAAGCUUACCAUCUCGGAGGCAGGGUUCGAAUCAGCGUUUGCUCACUAGUUUAUCGAAAGGCACUACGAUUGAGCAAGACGGCCCUGGGAGAGACGGCCCCUGGCAAGAUCGUGAACCUCGUGGCCAACGACGUCAACCGAUUCGACCUGGUCAUGAUCUUCCUGCACACCAUGUGGAGCGCACCGAUGUCUUGUUGCAUCGUCGCCUACAUCCUCUACACCGAGGCUAAAUUUGCUGCGCUCAUCGGCAUCGCUGUGCUGCUCACCGUUGUGCCUAUUCAAGUCUACACCGGCAAGCUAUCCUCGAAGUACCGUCUCCAAACUGCCAUCAAAACAGACGAGCGAGUUCGCCUCAUGGACGAAAUAAUCUCGGGUGUGCAGGUGAUAAAAAUGUACGCCUGGGAGAAGCCCUUCUGCGCUUUGGUUGAAAUGUCCCGUCGGCUCGAGCUCAAGGUCGUUCGCAAGUCCUCCUACCUCCGUGGUCUCUUCAUGACCUUCUUCCUGUUCACGACUCGCUGUGCGCUCUACUGCACCCUGGUCUCAAUGCUCAUGUUCGGCGAGACUCUGUCUGCCGACAAGAUCUUUGUCUUCGCGUCUUUCUACAACAUGCUGUCUAACUCGAUGACGGCUAUGUUCGUAAGAGGCUUUGCCGAGUUGGCCGAGUGCAAGGUAUCGGUUAACAGGAUACAAUCGUUCUUGAUGUUGGAUGAAUUCAGAGAGGGCAAUGUUAUUGGGGACCAACCGACAAACAAGCAAAACGCAGUCAUCAAAGAGAUGGAAAAGAAUAUGGCCUUAAAGAAUAAUGUGGAUGAAAUCAAGAAGGAUAAGGAUAGUGUUAAUGGUAUUAUACCUGCGGACUCCUACUACGAUGACGAUAAUGAUUUACCAGACUACUCCGUUCGAUUAGAACACGUGACAGCCAAAUGGUAUCCCGAGCUCUCAGAAAACACCCUAGAAGACAUCGAUUUCAAAAUCGAAAAGGGCAAGCUAUAUGCUGUAAUCGGUAUGGUUGGUUCGGGCAAGAGUUCUCUACUUUCCUCGAUCCUGGGCGAAAUCAAUCUUGUCGAAGGUAGUAUUAAAACGAAAGGAAAAAUCAGUUAUGUAGGCCAAGACGCUUGGGUUUUCGGAUCCAGUGUUAGGCAGAAUAUACUGUUCGGACAGGAGUUUGACAGACAGAGAUACCAAAGAGUGGUCAAGGCUUGCUCGCUGUUCAAGGACUUUGCGCAGUUUCCCGAAGGUGAUCACACCGUUGUGGGAGAAAGAGGAAGUUCACUAUCCGGAGGACAGAAGGCUAGAAUUAAUUUGGCCAGAGCUGUUUACAGGCAGGCGGAUAUCUAUUUACUGGAUGACCCGUUGAGUGCGGUUGAUGCACACGUAGGAAAGCACCUGUUCGAAGAGUGCAUAAGGCGUUACCUUCGUGGUAAAACGCGAAUCCUGGCAACUCACCAGUUACAGUUCAUAAAGGACGUUGACGGUAUUAUUCUUUUGGAUCAAGGAAAAAUGCAGUAUUACGAAAAUUAUCACAGACUCUUGGAAGCUUACCCAGAGUAUGGUAGUUUGAUAGCUGCUGAAAAGGAGCAAAAUUCCAUCGAGGACGUAUCCAUCGAAAAGACUGAAAUUAGAAGACGAUUCUCUUCGACUGGAAGCAAAUCUCGCAUUUCCGAAUGUGGAGAUUCAGUAGACAUCGACGAGGAUCAAGAUGAUACCAGAAAUUUGGAGGAAAUUAUGGAGGAAUCGUCGAGAGGUGCCGUAAAAGGAGUCUUUUUCAAGUACUUCCACGCUGGCUCUACCGUUUGCACAGCGUUGAUAAUGUUUAUGCUUUUCAUAUUCACACAAAUCCUCGUCAGUUUGAACGAUUUUUGCGUUCCCUAUAUAGUGACAGCCGAAGAAUCCCGACAUUAUUACCAAAUUCACGAGAAUGACACGGAUGCGCUAUUUGCCGCAACUAAUCGAACCAAAACUGCAAUCGCAGAGUCAAACCUUCUGCCCACCCAAAUAUACAUCUACAUUUACAGCGCGAUCGUCUUUUCAAUCUUCAUAAUUGGUCUAACGCGCUCGUUCGUCUACUACAACUGCUGUAUGCGGAGCAGUGAAAGUUUACACAAUUCGGCCUUCUCUGCCCUCAUUCGCACAGAUAUGCACUUUUUCGACACGAACCCCAGCGGCAGAAUUCUUAAUCGGUUCUCAAAGGACACGACCGGUAUCGAUGAGCAUCUACCCAAGGCGUUGUUGGAUUCCGGACAGGUGCUUCUAGGAAUCACUGGUGCGCUCAUUGUCACGUGUAUAGUGAACUAUAUAUUCUUAGCGCCUGCGCUGGUUAUUGCCGUUGUGUGUUAUUGGAUCAGGAAGGUCUAUCUGAAGACUAGUAAGAAUAUUAAAAGGCUGGAAGGAAUGACUCGAUCUCCUGUAUUCACGCAUCUUAACGCAACUCUUAAUGGAAUAGCAACCAUAAGAGCGUAUCAGGCCCAGGACGUUCUCAAGUACGAGUUCGAUAAAUUCCAAGACGUUCACACUUCCUCCUGGUACAUUUACACUGCCUGUAGUCUUGCCUAUGCAUUUGCUCUCGAUUUGUUUACCUUCAGCUUCAUAACAUUCAUCACGUUCAGUUUUCUGAUCUUCAAAGAACAAUUCAAUGGUGGCGAAGUAGGUCUAGCAAUUACACAAAUGAUGGCUAUUGCUGGCUUGGUGCAGUGGGGAAUGCGUCAAAGUGCUGAAGUAACGAAUCAGCUGAUGUCUGUCGAGCGAGUUCUCGAAUACACUCAAAUUCCGCCCGAAAACAACCUACGCGACAACAAUAUCGUUACCAAGGCUAAGAAGAAACGAGAUAAGGAGCAGGUGGCGAUGGUGCCACUUGUAGUACCACCCAAGGAUUGGCCUAGUCGUGGUACCGUAGAGUUUAAGAAUGUGUAUAUGAGGUACAGUGAACAGGAUGAGCCGGUACUAAAGGAUUUAAGCUUUUUCGUCAAACCAACAGAGAAGGUAGGAAUAGUGGGAAGGACGGGAGCUGGAAAAUCGUCGCUCAUCGCUGCACUAUUCAGACUUGCACGAUUAGAUGGUGUGAUUGAAAUAGAUGGAAUCAAUACCGGAACGAUAGCGUUGGAAGAUUUAAGAAGUCGUAUAUCCAUCAUUCCUCAAGAUCCAGUAUUGUUCUCUGGUACAUUAAGGCGUAAUUUGGAUCCGUUCAAUGAGUUUCCUGAUAAAGCUUUGUGGGAAGCUUUGGAAGAGGUGGAACUAAAAGACGCUAUUGUUACUACCGGAACUGGCCUAGACUCACGCGUAUUGGAUCGCGGCUCAAACUUCAGUGUCGGACAACGUCAACUAGUUUGUCUAGCCCGAGCAGUAUUACGCAAUAAUCGUGUAUUGAUGCUAGAUGAGGCCACUGCCAACGUUGAUCCGCAGACAGACGCUCUAAUCCAACGCACUAUCCGAACCAAAUUUGCUCAAUGCACUGUACUUACUGUAGCACAUAGAUUAAAUACGAUCAUCGACAGCGAUAAAGUCAUUGUCAUGGAUAGAGGACAUCUCGCCGAAUUUGAUCACCCCUACAAUUUGCUGCAGAAGGAAACGAGCCAGUUUAAUUCGUUGGUUAAAGAAACUGGCGACGCAAUGUUCGAACAACUCUACAAUUUGGCUAAACAGUGCUACAAUGAAAAGUACAGUAAUAGCAGAUAAAAACGAUUAUUUAUUUCUUCACGAUUAUUAAGUAUUUUGCCUUUUACAUAGGCAUACUCAUUUGACGUAUGAUAUAUGGAUAAGAUUAUUUGAACAUGCACACAAUUAUGUACGCAUGCGAGUAACGAAAUAAUACUUAGAUAUCUGAGUGACUGCUUUAAAUCGAACGUUAUUAGAUAGCUAACGAAGUCAUUUAUCUUUCAAUACUUUACUUCGUAAUAAGUUUGACUGUGAUGUCAAGAAGGAAGUUUUUGAUAUAAAUGAUGAUUUAUUGUAUGUUAAAAAUGUUAUAUUACAAAGAUCAAAAAACGAAGAGAGUGCGUUAUAUCUUAUUGUCGCGGUUUGGAUCGAUUAUUGGUCUUAGUACUCUAAGAACAGAACGUCAUGGUUUAGUUUUAAAGCUACAUUCACUUAGAUUAUACUAUAUAGCCUGUAAGGAAAACAACAAUCGACUCGUCUUUAUUCAUUUUUUUAUAAAUGUUAAAAUAUGAUAUAUUUUUUUUUUAAUAAUAAUUACUAAAUGUUUUACCAUGAAUCGUAUUUGAAUUGCGCUUUCUGGAUGCUUAUUGAUGCGAACUUUGCACAAAACUACAGUAAUUCCUCAAGGUAUCUGUUACUAUUAUCAAGAAAUUAAGUUGCUAAUUUUUCCGAAGACAACUGGUUCGAUAUCUAAUAGCACCAUAUUACUGCUAUAGAUUAUAAAACGUCACUGAAAAUUGAUAUAAAUAUAAAAUUUGAUUAUCAAAAUCCAUAGACCACCGACAACUGUAUUAAAUGCAAAAUAAGUUUUCUAUUAAAAUAUAAAACUCUACCCGCGGCAGCACACGCAACAAGCGAACCUUGAAUUUUCAAAGUAUUAUCAGCGACAGUAUACGUAAAUAGGACAGACAUUGAAGAAAAUUUUACACUGCAGCCAGUUUGUCAACUUACUUGCAACAGGAAAAAUGUGUAUACGGAUCAUAUGAACAAGAUUAUAUGGUUCGUUUUUUGUCGGAA